GUGUGUGUGUGUUUUCACUGGCUGUUGAACCGGUCUGAUCAGUAUCGCUGUUCAGUCCUGCUGGUAAAUAAGACUUGUUGAAUGAACAGAUCAGACAGGAAAAAGAGCAAAAGUGAGCAAUUACUGAAAGAGAAAGGGAAAGAGAAGAAAAUAUGGACACAAAAAGACUGGCAUAAGGAAGUUUACAGCAAACAUAAAGGAUAGCAGAGGAAGACAAGGUGAAAGUCUAGAGUUAUGACAUAGCUAUAAAGACAAUCACAUGUAACUUGUAUAUAAAUAUAUGGAGGAAUCAGUCUAAUGAGGUCUGCAUGGAUUUGUUUGUCUCAGAACACACAGAUACUAUAUCUUAUCUUCUGUCUCUGCCAUUACACUCAGGCAAUUACCAUUCAGGUGCCAAGGAACACCGUCACUGCACCAGUUCAGGGAAGUGCACUUUUCUCCGUGGACAUCACAUGCAUUGGGACUCCAACAAUCAGAUGGAUGUUCAGUUCCGUAAACAGGCAGCAAAGGAUUGCAGCUUGGGUCCUUGGUGGCUCUGCAAAUGUUACGCAAAUGUACGAGGGAAGAGUGCAAACGCAUCCCAACGGUUCUCUAACCAUAUCCAACUUACGUUUCCAAGACUCCGGCUAUUACAUCAUCACUGUGACAGAAAUGUCUGGUAGCAGCAAAGAUAUGGGUCUGGUAUUGACUGUAACUGAGGUGCUGUAUGAGGACAUCCAGUUCUUGGUUGUAUUCGUCAUUGUAUUGGGAACACUGGCUGCAUUUCUAAUGCUGUGUAUGUGGCUCUUGAAUAAACUCUACCACUUCAUAAAAGUCUGGAGACAAAGAAGAUGCUUACCAGAGCACACCGCGACUGAACUACAGCCACUGUGAUGAAAACAAACAGCCAUCGGUCUCUGAGACGCUCAUUAAAGUGUUUGAGAUGAGAGGACGAGCUAAGUGAAGAACUUCACAUCAGCUAUUGAAUUUCCCUCUAAAGUCCCAGAAGAUUGUUCAGUCAGUGUGGCAGAUCCUGGAAGUCCAGUCCGGAAACAAUAUGUAUGCAUGCAUGUAUAUGUGUGUGUACAAUACAAAUACAGUAAAACAUGUGUCGUGCCUGUUGGUGGAAAAUUUGUGCGUGUGUGUGAGUUUUAACUGGAUAUGGGUUUUUAACAAUUAUUUGAUAUUGCUGGGGCAAAUUUCCAUCUUUGUGUCAGGUACCAGUUAACAGAUUUACUCAACUUCAAUUUUUAGUGCACAAAUGUCAAAAGAUGAUAAACUUGACUCAAAUGUAAUGAUUGCUAAAUAGUAAUAUCUAGCAAAUGGCAUAUUUAGGGCAAAGAAUCACAAAAAAUAUAUUUAAUAUUAAAAAAUUAUUCCCUGAUUUUUUCAGAUUUUUGAGUGUUUUUGGCCAAAACAGGUCUGAACUUUUUGAUCCUAAAGCUUUAAAAUAAACAUCUUUGCAUAAUGUUGAAUUCCUGCACUGAUUGUACUCAUUAAACAGAGUUUUGCUUGA